UUUCCAUCUGCACAGCGCUUCUGCCUCACAGCCGUGUACAGCGCCGCGAGCAACGCCAUCAACUACACCCUUGUUGUGCCCGCUGGCAUGGGCGGGCCCGACAAGGGCUGGUACGGCGUCGGCCAGGGCGAGGGCAUGUCCGGUGCCAACAUGAUGGUCGGCUGGGCAAACGCAGACGGAAGCAUCACGACGUCGCAGCGCAGCGCCUCGGGCCACUCGAUGCCCACCUCGUCCCUCGUGCGCGCAUCGGCCUACACGCCCGACCAGCAGUUUCCCCAGUCGAGCGCGCCCUCAAACAGCGUCGCUCACAUCUUUGCCACGUCGCCCAACACACCGGCGUCGGCCGACAGCAAUGCGCGCAUCGGCAUGCACGACUACACCGACCAGUUCACCCUCGACAUGACAAAGGCAUACACGGCUGCUGCCGCCGUCCCGGCUGGUCUCACGGGUGCGCAGCAGACGAGCAGCACCAGCAGCACCAGCAACUCGCAGAACAGCGCUCGCGAGCUGAACAAGAAAAACCGCCUCAUCAUCGUCCACAUGCUCUUCAUGAUCAUCGGCUGGAUGCUCCUGGCACCCAUCGGCAUGCUCCUGGCGCGCUAUGGCCGCACCACGUUCAAGUGGUUCCCCUGGCACCGCAACGUGCAGUACGGCGCCGCCGUCUUUAUCCUCAUUGCCUUUAUCCUCGGCAUCGUCGCCGUCUCCGAGUCCACGGGCCUGGAACAUUUCAGCGGCACCCACACGCGCCUCGGCCUCGCCCUCGUCAUCCUCCUCGCCGUGCAGCUCAGCCUCGGCCAGGUGGCCCACGUCGUGCGCGCCCGCUUCGGCGUGCGCUACGUCGGCCUGCUCCAUGCGCCCCUCGGCCUCACCCUCUUUGCGCUCUCCGUCUACAACAUCCACAAGGGCUUCCGCUUCUGGCGCUGGCAGCCCACCAUGGCCGCCGACUACAUCAUCUAUGCCUGGGCCGCCCUCGUCGCCGUCCUGUACCUCGCCGGCGCCGCCCUUUUGCCACGCGAGAUCCGCCAGGCAAAGGCAGACGCCGCCCACGCCCGCUCCGGCUCUGGUUCUGGCUCCCGCGACGACAUUCUGCACAGCAGCAAAGAGGGCCAGUCGGCGGCUGCCUAGACAUAGAGUCUCUCGACGCCCCCGAGACUCUUUUUCUCUUUUUUUCUCUCUCUUUCGUCUCUUUUGUUUAUAUCUAAUAAUACUCUUCGCUCUCUCUCUCUUCUCUCUCUCUUUCCUCUCACUCUCUGGGCUCUGGCUCUGGCUCUGGCUCUGGCGUGAGGAUCCA